AUGGUUGCGGCGUACUCUCUAGGGGAGGAGAAUAUUCUGGCCCAUCUUUGCCUGUUGUUCGAGGCCCUCGUUCUGUCAACCUCCCGACGAAUACGGUACUUCAAGGGCGAGGCCCUGCCGCGGCCCGGUGUAAACGGCAACGGCGGCGGCGUUAGCAGCUCCACAACUUCCAGUCACCCGAUCGCCACAGUAGGCCGGCCGGAAGCAGGAGCGGCAGGAGGAGGAGGACGGUUGGUCGAAGAGGGGGACAACAACGCAGCAGCAGCAGCAGCGGCGGCGGCGAUUGGGGGUCUACGGGUGUCGACGGCGUUGGGAGACGCUUUGGCGGAGGCGUUUCGAAGACAUCCGUUCCACCGCUUCCUGGUGUCGCUGAGGUGCAUUACGGCGGAGCUGCCGAAGCUGGGGAGGUCUUUCACCUCUGCCGACCCCGGUGUGGCAGCGGCGCCGCCAGACAUGAGCCUGCGAGCCAGCGAGUGGGUCGACCAGAGCCUCUGGGCCGCUGCUGCGGGAGUUGCCGUCGGGGGGUCGAACGGGAUGGUAGUCGGGAGCGGCAACGAACACAACAGCAAUAGAAGCAGCACCGAUAGCAUAGGGGGGGGAGGGGCGCCGCCGGAACUGGUGGAAGCUCUCUUCAAGCUCAUGGCGGAGUGGGUGAAGGAGCUGCCCGUGCCUUCACUCAGGUGGCUGGAGGCGUGGCUGUCCGUGGCUGUGUCGGGGCUUGCGGUCCGGCACCGAGGACCGGCGAGGGCGGUUCUGGGGCUAAUCCAGGCGUGCUGCUCCCAGAGAAAAUCGCCGCAAUUCACGGCGACCUUCUCCGCGCUCUUGAGGGGCACCGCUCUCGGUGUCGCGCUGACCCGCGGCCUUCUCUCCGGAAUGUGCGGAGCGAUGCCGUCGUGGAUGCUCGACGACCACGUGCUGACGGUACAGCGUGACCAACGAGCACAAGGUGGCCUUCUCGCGGAAGCUGAAGGAAGAUUUCUGCAACAAGGACUGGAGGGCGUUCAAGAGCGUACUCCCGGAAUACCAAAACCCCCUUUGGGGGCCUUCUCCCCCCCCCCCCCCCCCAUCGAUUGCCCUGCCAGUGCUCGCUGCAGUCCAAUAGACCGCAGCAGCUAAUGCUGCCGUGUCCCCUCCCGGCCCUGCGUGGUUUUACGCUGCCCCCCGCAUGCACGCCAGUGCGAGUGUUGCGAACAAGCGGCCGCAACGCUCUCUGAGUUUUGGCCACACGUCGACGAAGGCCUGGCGCCCGCUGGUUGAGUUUUGUCGGCUAGAUAAACGUGAUGUUUUUUUUUUUGUGGCUCUGCUGCUGCUGCUGCCGGGGGAAGGACCGCUGUUUUUCAGAUUUGUAAUUUUUAGGUUUUUAGCUUGGCUCUUGGGAGCAAAAAGAAGCACGUCGUCAGCUGUCUGAGCUCGGGAAAAAGUCACGCCACAGCUGGCAGCCAGCCCGUGAGUUGGUCCUGCUCCCUGCUUUUUGCUUUCAUCUUGCGAAUCACCCCUUCGAUGACACUGCUGUAUGCUCUCAUGAGCCCACUCCGGAGGGAUCAUCACUUGUAGGCAUUUUUACACACCAUGGUAUGUAGCCAAGGGGGCAAAGAGGAAGGUGCCGGGUGUUAUGUCUGUUUUUCAGAAGUAGCAGUAUACAUAUGCGAAAAAAAAGGGCUACCCCCACCACGAAGAAAUGUUCCUCCAGGGAACGUA